GAGGCGCCCAUCGCCGAAAUAUAAGUCCGCUUCCCACCCAAACCCCGAGCUUCUCCGCGCACUCCAUCUCCCUCCCCGCCGCCGCCGCCCGCUGCCGCAUCCGCCAUGGGGGCGUACAAGUACGUUUCGGAGCUAUGGAGGAGGAAGCAGUCCGAUGUGAUGCGCUUCGUGCAGCGCGUGCGCUGCUGGGAGUACAGGCAGCAGCCGGCGAUCGUCCGCCUCACCAGGCCCACCCGCCCCGACAAGGCCCGCCGCCUCGGCUUCAAGGCCAAGCAGGGCUAUGUUGUUUACCGUGUCCGUGUGAGGCGUGGUGGCAGGAAGAGGCCUGUGCCCAAGGGUAUUGUCUAUGGCAAGCCUAAGCACCAGGGUAUCACUCAGCUCAAGUUCCAGAGGAACAAGCGAUCUGUUGCUGAAGAGAGGGCUGGCCGUAAGCUUGGUGGACUGAGGGUUCUCAACUCCUACUGGGUGAAUGAGGAUAGCACCUACAAGUACUUUGAGAUCAUCCUUGUUGAUGUUGCCCACACUGCCAUCCGCAACGACCCCAGGAUCAACUGGCUGUGCAAGGAUGUGCACAAGCACCGCGAGCUCCGUGGCCUCACCUCCGCUGGCAAGAAGUACCGUGGUCUGCGCGGCAAGGGCCACACCCACCAGAAGAACAGGCCCUCCAGGAGAGCCACCUGGAAGCGCAACCAGACCCUCUCCCUCCGCCGCUACCGUUGAGCUCUGUGCCUGGAUACCGGAACCCCUCCCAAGCAAAACUUCGGCUGUGUUUGGUUGCAUUUUUCAAAUUUUGCUGCUUGUGUUCUGAGCACUUGGAACUAUGUUAGAAGCCUACUAUCGAGCAUAUGUCGUGAACUAUUUGCAAUUUGCCUGUGUUAUCAGACGAAGAAUGGUUAGUGAUCUAAUGCUGUGUGCUGCUGUGGACUCACGAUGAUU